CUGACCGUGGCCCCGCCCCCUCAGACACGUUGUCUCUGGAGAAGCAACACGGGCUACUCGUUGGGUCGCGAGACCUCCGCAUUCGCUCCGAGCACGUACAACACGUCAGCUCCCUCCGCUCUGGUCUGGUCCGAGGACAAGCUAUAUUUCCCCGGCUGAACAAAGGAACAGGACCGGCCCGCUCCUCAGUAGUAAGGUCAGUGAUGGUCAGUGGUAGGUAAAACCUGCAGCCCAGGAUGUCUGCUACAGAUUCGGACAACUCCAUCGACUGGCUUGCUAGCGAUACUGAGGACAGUAACAGCGAACACGAAUCUGAGAGGACUCACAACCAAUCGGCCGCUCCUUCGACCGACACCCGCUGGAGCUGCGAGGCGUCCGCAAGGGGACCUCUGUCCAGCUGUGUGGAAUCAUGGGGCAGAAACGCCAUUGAACUGUGUAAAACGCAACAAGGCGAGAAGAUGAAGCGACGCCGCAGCUUUGCGGAAGAGGAGGGAGGACUGAUCAUUUCCAGUCAGUCCGAGAAGGGGCGCCUAUUUACACGAAAGUGCAUAGAGCUGCAAUGCUACAUUCAGCCACUGUCAUCAAUCUUGAAUGGCCUUCGUUCAGGCAGAUACAGAGAACGACUCAGCAGUUUCCAAGAGAGUGUGGCCAUGGACAGAAUCCAAAGGAUCCUGGGAGUUCUACAGAACCCCUACUUGGGGGAGAAAUAUAUUAGUAUAAUUCUCAAAAUGGAGGAAAUGCUGAAAAGUUGGUUCCCCAACGUAAAACCCCUUCACCAACUGGCUGCCACCCACACAGAGGAAGUCGUUCUAAGCAAGAAACUGAAGCCUUCCCCAGUGACAGCUACAGUGGUUUUGAGCCCUGUCACCAUAAGCGAUACUCCAAUUGCCGCCAAACCCCUGCGAGUCACUGACCUCACACCUCCCGGAGCUUACUCGGCAAGCAAUUUGAAAUGGCUCCACACGUCCCCCAUCUGCUCCCCAACAGUGGAGCAAGCCCAAGCCGCCCCACGGCACGUGUCGUCCCCCAGAGACCUAACGCAGGACAGUGCCGUGUCCUCCAGCACAGACAGCCCCGCUAAUAGAGACUCUGUGCCUAGAGGGCCUCCGCCAGGGAAAAUUAACGCACCAUGUCUGGAGCGCCUCCUCAAGUCGACGGAAAGCAUCAUUUCCCGCAAGGGGACGUCGAGUAUGAUGGACAACAGCUGGUCCUAGUCCCCAUGGGGGGCUGCUUACCCCGCAGCCGAGCCUUGACUACUCUACCACGGAGGCCAGUUUAGCUCGCUUCACCCAUUCCAGCCUUCAGGGGAGACCUGAGCCUUCAAAAGGGACGCAACAGGUUUACUUUCUAGAGUGGAAGACAAACAUGUUGUACUCUCUGCGUGGGAAUGUGCCCUCUCUGACAUGACAAGUGUCUGCUAUAUUUCCCUUUUUCUUGACUUUUUUUUUUUUGUCAUUUGCACUCUUGGGUAAUGUUUUUGAGAGCAAUUUCACUCUUAACUGGAGAUCCAACGGUUCCGUUUGAGUGUUUGUGAAAGCGCCUUCUUGCUAGUGAGGUAAAGGAAGUCAACAGUGGCUUUUGUGCUGAAAUGUGACAUUUAUUUUCUCCACUUACCCAUGACUCCACUCUUAAGUUUAUUUUUCUGACUGUUACUCAUUUUCAUACUUUGAAAAUCAGUCUUUUGGUACAACUGUUCUACCUCAGCGGGCGCCACAUCACAGUUGACGGGCGAGCGUAAUAAUGUGAACGCAUCGUCGCUCACCCUCUCUGGGCACCAGAGCAGAUCUGCAGUCAACCCGCCGGUUACAAACAGUGAUGUUGCAGCAUGAGCCGCCCCUGUUCGGGAACACUCGAAGCGCAGGGAUCCUGUCGUGGUGCCGUUGUAAAGAAUGUCCACUUUGAGGCUCCCAGUAGAAGGCAAACAGUGCCUGUUAUGUCAAGCUGUGCCUGCACGCCGGUUUAAUAAAGCGAGACAAGUGUUGGGAUUUCCGGUUUCAAGGCUGGAUUGUACAAAUCAGGAAUUGUCACUCUCCUGCCAUUCAUUCUUUUGGAAAGCGUAAAUUAUUCAGUUUUUGCCAACCCAUUUCUAUGGUGGAGUAGAACAAUUCUUAUGUUUUGCCACAGAACUCAGUAUGUCAGACCAGCAGAGCGGGGACGAGGUUUUUCGCUGUGUAAGACCAACAGAGAGGUUGUCGAUUUACUCUGAAAAGUGGCCUUUAUAGUGUGAAAUUUUAUACUUUCAAAAUAAAUGUGUGUAUUUUUGUUCAAUGUAAA